AUGCUGACAUGGACAUGCACGUGGCUGAUGUUAUGGACCUUAAGUGAGGGCCCGGCGUCGCUGUUUGCCCAGGCCGUAGACAAACCACGCGGACCGUGGCGCCUGGCUUUCAAGGUCAUCAGCGGCAACUGGGACGCUGCCACCAUGGGCCACGCGACAUUCUGGGAGCUGCUGACGUCAGAUGACGUAUACAGCUCCGGUGACGCAGUGCAGGAUCAGCACGAUUUUUCAACUUCCGGUGACCACUUUAAGUCACCCCUUGUUCAGCAAUGGGAAGAUGGAUACAUCAGCGUCCAGGCCAUCAAGCUAUCGCUGUUUAAAGCGGGUAUGGAGCGGGCCUGGAUAGUGUUUGACGGAGUCGGGCGCACGAAGACCACGUGGUUCAAGUGUUCGAACAUUCUGCACGCCUCCUACCCGGAUCUCCCAGACACCUCCCUCACAGAAGAGUGUCCUGGCAGGUCUGUGAUGGGGUACCCUAUGACCAUGAUGCGCCAGUCCUACUGGGAGGUCCCGUGCACGCAGACCACCGGUUGGCUUCUCGUCACGGAUGCCAACUUGGGAUUUCGGCCCUGUCCUGACUACAUCACUGACGACCCGCCGCCCUACUUCCGCUUCUCCAACGUGUCCGGUGUCGCCGACCUCACCACACAACUGGAAUCAGCUGAUAGCUUGGCCAUCUUCUUCCAAGUUUGGGACCAGGUAUUCAAGGGGAUCGAGGGUGUUAAGCCGUCCGUUGGCGGCUUCACCAACUUGACGGGCCUCUUCCUAUCUGAACACGUGGAAAACGACGCCGCUGGAAGCGCCGUUCGCAAUCUCCUUCACACUCAGGCGUCCCUCACGUACAAAUCGGAAGUAGUGAACAUAUGGUCGGACUACCAUAUCGACAUGGUGAAGUUCUCGAUGCUACGCACGGGAAUAGAGAAGGCGUGGGUGGUGUUCUCGGGCGUCAACGCGGAUCGCGAGAACUGGUUCUCAAGUGACAACAUACUCUACAGUAGCUUCGGAGACCCCCUGGACGGUGCCGCCAAUCUCGAUGUCUGCUCUUUAGUUGGGGACUCGUACCGGAACUGGCAGGUGGCGCUAUAUGCCGACCCCGGGGGUUGCAGCAUCGCGGAGCAGGCGGGCUGGAUGCUUGUCAAGGAGCCGCGCAACAACGGAACCUGCUCUUGGGAUACAAACUUCAUCAAGAAGAAGCCCUACUUCAUGUACAACACCUAUGUCGCCGCCGACAUCCCGGGUUGGCGCGUUAUGCUGAAGGUCGCCGCCGGUGGUUCUCUCGGUCAUAAAGCAAGCGUCUACGCGUUGUGGACGGAAUCAGGUGCGCUCAACGAUGACGUCACUGACGCAGCGUCACUAAGCACAACUAUUGCGUUCAAGUCACCUGUCGUUGACCAAUGGGAAAACUCAUUUAUAAGAGCGGUGAAGAUGGCGGCAUACAAAGACGGUCUGGAGGUGUGGAGUGCCGUGUUUGAUGCCACCGGAAGUUCCUCCAACAGCUGGUUAGCGUGCGGUCGUCUGCUUUACGCGUCCGCGACCGACCUUGACGCUGCGUUCGCCAUCAGCCAGGCGUACACGUGCAGUGUUGCGGGUGCGUCUUCGACCUUCCGCUUCUUCCUGGGGACAGGAGCGGACUGCGGUACGGUGGCGGCGGCCGGUGUGUUUGCGCUCGUGGAUACCGACAGCACGUGCUCGUCACGUGUCGAUCUUCCUCAGUUCAUGUUCUCAACCACGACGGGCACCGGCCUCUCAGAGACUGGCGACCUGGCUGAUAUGUUUGCAAUACUCGUCGACAUGGACAAUUGUAACGGGGAGGUAUGUAAAAAUGGCGCCACGUGCGAGGACCUCGGGGGCAACUUCCGGUGCUUCUGUGCAGGCGACUACUACGGGACUACCUGCGCGAAUCUGGAUGGCACUCACGGUUCUUGGAGCGAGUGGGGCUCGUGCAGCGUUACCUGUGAGUCGGGGGUCGUCGCGCGCUCACGUGAUUGUAUCGGGGCGGUGGGCAGCGGUACAUGUCCCGCAGUUUCCGUGGAAACCAACCCCUGCUCCCUUGGACCCUGUCCCAUCGACGGCGGUUUCAACUCUUGGAGUUCGUGGGACACGUGUACGGCGACGUGCGAUGACGGCACCCAGUCCAGGUCACGUACGUGUACUAACCCAGAACCCCAAUAUGGCGGCCUGGACUGCGUCGGGGAUUCCACGGAGUCACAGACUUGCAACGACGGUUAUUGUCCUGUCGACGGCGGCUAUACGUUAUGGAGUUCGUGGAACGCGUGUUCAGUAACGUGCGGUGACGGCACCCAGUCCAGGUCACGUACAUGUACUAGCCCAGAACCCCAAUAUGGCGGCUUGGAAUGCAUCGGUGUUUCAACGGGGUCUCAGUCCUGCAACGACGGACAAUGUCCAAUCGACGGCGGUUAUACAUUAUGGAGUGUUUGGGAUGGAUGUUCUGCGACAUGUGGUGACGGCAUCCAAUCCAGGUCACGUUCGUGUACUAACCCAGAACCCCAAUAUGGCGGCCUGGACUGCGUCGGGGAUUCCACGGAGUUUCAGCCAUGUAACGACGGACCUUGUCCUGUCGAGGGCGGCUAUACGGUAUGGAGUUCUUGGGACGCGUGUUCUAUGACGUGCGGUGACGGCACCCAGUCCAGGUCACGUACGUGUACUAGCCCAGAACCCCAACAUGGCGGCUUGGAUUGCAUCGGGGAUUCCUCGGAGUCACUGUCUUGCAACGACGGACCUUGUCCAAUCGAUGGUAGUUACACGCUAUGGAGUAUUUGGGACGUAUGUUCAGUUACGUGCGGUGACGGCACCCAGUCCCGGUCACGUACCUGUACUAACCCAGAACCUCAAUAUGGCGGCCUGGACUGCGUCGGUGAUUUCACUGAGUCUCAGCUGUGCAACGACAGACCAUGUCCCAUCGACGGCGGCUUCACCCCCUGGAGUUCAUGGGAUAUGUGUACGGCGACGUGCGAUGACGGCACACAGUCCCGGUCACGUACGUGUACUAACCCAGAACCCCAAUAUGGCGGCUUGGAUUGCGUCGGUGAUUCAACGGAAACUCAGUCCUGCAACGACGGGCAAUGUCCAAUCGACGGCGGUUAUACUUUAUGGAGUGAUUGGAAUGCAUGUUCAGUGACGUGUGGUGACGGCACCCAGUCCAGGUCACGUACGUGUACUAACCCAGAACCCCAAUUUGGCGGCCAGGAUUGCAUCGGUGUUUUCACGGAGUCUCAGUCCUGCAACGACGGACAAUGUCCAAUCGACGGCGGCUAUACGGUAUGGAGUUUGUGGGACGCUUGUUCAAUGACGUGUGGUGAGGGCACCCAGUCCAGGUCACGUACGUGUACUAACCCAGAACCCCAAAAUGGUGGCCUGGACUGCAUCGUCGGCGGCGGCUUCACAGUGUGGAGUUCGUGGGAUGCAUGCUCGGCUACGUGUGGUGACGGCACACAGUCCAGGUCAAGAACAUGUACUAACCCAGAACCCCAAAAUGGCGGCCUGGACUGUGUCGGAGAUUCCACGGAGUCCCAAUCCUGUAACAACGAACAAUGUCCUGUCGACGGCGGCUAUACUUUAUGGAGUUCGUGGGAUGCGUGUUCAAUGACGUGCGGUGAGGGCGCCCAGUCCAGGUCACGAACAUGUACUACCCCAGAACCCCAAUAUGGCGGCCUGGAUUGCAUCGGGGAUUCCACGGAGUCUCAGUCUUGCAACGACGGACAAUGUCCAAUCGACGGCGGAUAUACAUUAUGGAGUGAUUGGGAUGCAUGUUCAGUGACGUGCGGUGACGGCACCCAGUCCCGGUCACGUACUUGUUCUAACCCAGAACCCCAGUAUGGCGGCCUGGAUUGCGUCGGGGAUUCCACGGAGUCUCAGCCUUGCAACGGCGGUCCAUGUCCCAUCGACGGCGGCUUCACACCCUGGAGUUCAUGGGAUGCAUGUUCAGCGACGUGCAGUGAAGGCACCCAGUCCAGGUUCCGUACGUGUACUAACCCAGAACCCCAAUAUGGCGGCCUGGAUUGCGUCGGGGAUUCCACGGAGUCUCAGUCUUGCAACGACGGAUCUUGUCCUGUCGACGGCGGCUAUACGGUAUGGAGUUCGUGGGAUGCGUGUUCAAUGACGUGUGGUGACGGCACCAAGUCUAGGUCACGUACGUGUACUAACCCAGAUCCCCAAUAUGGCGGCCUGGAUUGCAUCGGUGUUUUCACGGAGUCUCAGUCCUGCAACGACGGACAAUGUCCAAUCGACGGCACCUAUACUUUAUGGAGUGCGUGGGACGCUUGUUCAAUGACGUGCGGUGACGGCACCCAGUCUAGGUCACGUUCAUGUACUAACCCAGAACCCCAAUAUGGCGGCCUUGACUGCGUCGGGAUUUCCACGGGGUCUCAGCCGUGUAAUGACGGACCUUGUUCUGUCGACGGUAGUUACACGCUAUGGAGUAUUUGGGACGUAUGUUCAGCUACAUGCGGCGACGGCACCCAGUCCAGGUCACGUACGUGUACAAACCCAGAACCCCAAUACGGUGGCCUGGACUGCGUCGGGGAUUCCACGGAGUAUCAGCCGUGCAACGACGGACUUUGUCCAAUCGACGGCGGUUAUACAUUAUGGAGUGUUUGGGAUGGAUGUUCUGCGACAUGUGGUGACGGCAUCCAAUCAAGGUCACGUUCGUGUACUAACCCAGAACCCCAAUAUGGCGGCCUGGACUGCGUCGGGGAUUCCACGGAGUUUCAGCCAUGUAACGACGGACCUUGUCCUGUCGAGGGCGGCUAUACGGUAUGGAGUUCUUGGGACGCGUGUUCUAUGACGUGCGGUGACGGCACCCAGUCCAGGUCACGUACGUGUACUAGCCCAGAACCCCAACAUGGCGGCUUGGAUUGCAUCGGGGAUUCCUCGGAGUCACAGUCUUGCAACGACGGACCUUGUCCAAUCGAUGGUAGUUACACGCUAUGGAGUAUUUGGGACGUAUGUUCAGUUACGUGCGGUGACGGCACCCAGUCCCGGUCACGUACCUGUACUAACCCAGAACCUCAAUAUGGCGGCCUGGACUGCGUCGGUGAUUUCACUGAGUCUCAGCUGUGCAACGACGGACCAUGUCCCAUCGACGGCGGCUUCACGCCCUGGAGUUCAUGGGAUAUGUGUACGGCGACGUGCGAUGACGGCACACAGUCCCGGUCACUCGACGGCGGUUAUACUUUAUGGAGUGAUUGGAAUGCAUGUUCAGUGACGUGCGGUGACGGCACCCAGUCCAGGUCACGUACGUGUACUAACCCAGAACCCCAAUUUGGCGGCCAGGAUUGCAUCGGUGUUUUCACGGAGUCUCAGUCCUGCAACGACGGACAAUGUCCAAUCGACGGCGGCUAUACGGUAUGGAGUUCGUGGGACGCUUGUUCAAUGACGUGUGGUGAGGGCGCCCAGUCCAGGUCACUCGGCGGCGGCUUCACAGUGUGGAGUUCGUGGGAUGCAUGCUCGGCUACGUGUGGUGACGGCACACAGUCCAGGUCAAGAACAUGUACUAACCCAGAACCCCAAAAUGGCGGCCUGGACUGUAUCGGAGAUUCCACGGAGUCUCAGUCCUGUAACAACGGACAAUGUCCUGUCGACGGCGUCUAUACUUUAUGGAGUUCGUGGGAUGCGUGUUCAAUGACGUGCGGUGAGGGCGCCCAGUCCAGGUCACGUACAUGUACUACCCCAGAACCCCAAUAUGGCGGCCUGGAUUGCAUCGGGGAUUCCACGGAGUCUCAGUCUUGCAACGACGGACAAUGUCCAAUCGACGGCGGCUAUACAUUAUGGAGUGAUUGGGAUGCAUGUUCAGUGACGUGCGGUGACGGCACCCAGUCCCGGUCACGUACCUGUUCUAACCCAGAACCCCAGUAUGGCGGCCUGGAUUGCGUCGGGGAUUCCACGGAGUCUCAGCCUUGCAACGGCGGUCCAUGUCCCAGUCAGUGA